AAAUAGGACAUGACGGACGAGCAUCUUCACGAUGGUUCUUGUAUUUUUCGUCAGGACCCUGGCACCGCUGCGAGAAACGAGACGCGUCUGCUUUGAUUUUCGACCCCAGGCGCGAUGAGAGUCCAGUCGACCUUGGCGCCCCUGCUCGGGGCGCUGACCUACACCACGAGGGCUGUCGCAGUCGCCGCUGCCGCCGAUGCGCCGACAGAUGUCAUCCCCGCCGCGGACGAUUCCAUCGUCCCCGGGGCAUACAUCGUCGAAUUCGAAGGCGACGACGACCCCAACGCGUUCUACCGGGGUCUCGGAGCCGACGGCAUCGAGGUCGAGCACCGCAUAGAGCUCAAGUACCAGCUCUUCAAGGGGGCGUCCUUCACGCUGAAGGAGCUUCCCUCUGAGCCCGAACUCACUGCCGGCCAGAUCGCCGCGAAGCCCGAGGUCAAGAGCAUAUGGCCCGUGCGGAAGAUCUCGUUCCCCAAGCCCAACGUCACCCACGUCGGCGGCGGCGUGGCGGAGUUUGCUAGGCGCGUCAAGCGCCAGCAGGGCAGCAGCCCCGAGGGGUUCGCUCCGCACCUCAUGACCCAGGUCGACAAGCUCCACGCCGAGGGCUACACGGGCAAGGGCAUCCGCAUCGGGCUCGUCGACACCGGCGUCGACUACACCCACCCCGCGCUCGGCGGCUGCUUCGGCCCGGGCUGCCUCGUCGAGUACGGCUACGACUUCAAGGGGGACAACGACACGUCGCCCGUCCCGGUCCCCGACCCGGAUCCCUUCGACAACUGCGUCGGCCACGGCACCCACGUCGCCGGCAUCAUCGCCGCCCAGCUCAACGAGCACGGCUUCACCGGCGCCGCGCCGGGCGUCAAGCUCGGCAUGUACAAGGCCACCGGCUGCGGCGGCGAAACCACCAACGACAUGCUGAUCGCCGCGUUCAACGCCGCCUUCGAGGACGGCAGCGACAUCAUCUCCUGCUCCGCCGGCGACGACUCCGGCUGGUCUUCCGACCCCUGGGCCAUCGCUGCCUCGCGAAUCGCCGCCGCCGGCGUCCCCGUCGUCGUGGCCCCCGGCAACUCGGGCCAUCUCGGCCUGUGGUACCCGUCGACCCCGGCGUCCGGGAUCAACGUCACCGCCGUCGGCUCCGUCGAGAACAGCGUCCUGCCGUCAAUGGCCAAGGCAGCCACUUACACCGUAGACGACGCGGCCGAGACUACGGCUUUCGGCCUCCAGUUCGGCAGCCCCACCUAUUCAGUCAAUGUCACCCUGCCCCUGUGGGCCGUCAGCAACGACACGGCCUCGGAGACAGACGCUUGCGCGGCGCUGCCCGACGAUACGCCAGAUCUAUCGGAGAAGGUGGUCUUGUUGCGGAUGCCGACGUCCGGCUCCGAUUGUACCGUUGAAAGCCAGGCUGGCAAUCUCGCUGCCAAGGGGGCCCAGUAUGUUCUUUGGUACAGCCAAACCGGAGCGGACCUUCCGAGCCUUUGGCUUAGAAACGAGGAAAUCAAAGCCGUGGCCACGGCGUCGUCUCGGUUCGGCGCCAAGAUAGUCCCCCUGUUGGCGGGCGGCAGCAACAUCACCGUGCAGAUCAACGACUGGUCUUCCUCGGGGCUCUACAUCGAGAACCUCGACAACCCCGUCAGUGGCGGGUACAUGAGCAGGUCGACCAGCUGGGGCCCGACCCAGGAGGUAAACGUCAAGCCCCAGGUCGCCGCGCCCGGCGGCGACAUCCUCUCGACGUAUCCGCUGGCCCUGGGGGGCUACGGCGUCCUGUCGGGCACCUCGAUGUCGACGCCGCUGCUCGCGGGCAUCUUCGCGCUCGUCGCCGAGGCCCGCGGCACCCGCGACCCCCAGACGCUCCAGAGGCUGGUCGCGGCGACGGCGAAGCCGCUGGGCUGGUUCGACGGCGAGGCGGCACACCCGGGCGUGGUCGCGCCGGUGGCACAGCAGGGCGCCGGCAUCGUCCAGGCGUGGGCGGCGGCGCACGCGACGACGCUCCUGAGCGCGAGCAGCCUCUCGUUCAACGACAGCGACCACUUCGUCGGCACGCGCACCUUCGUCGUCGAGAACCUCGCCGACGAGCCCGUGACCUACGUCCUCGGCCACGCCAAGACCCUCACCAUGAACACCUUCGCCGACAACAGCAGUCCCUUCCUGACCACUACCUACUUCCCGAACCCCGGCGUCGACGACUGGGCCGAGCUGAGCUUCUCCUCGGACGAGAUCACCGUGCCGGCCGGUGGCACCGUCGAGGUCACCGUGACGCUGACGCCCCCGCAGAGCCUCAACGCCACGCUGCUCCCCGUGUACAGCGGGUACAUAACGCUCAACAGCACGAGGGAGGAGUCUCUGGUGCUGCCGUACCUGGGCGUGCUCGGCAGCCUGCACAAGACCCCCGUGGUCCAGCCCGGCUGGGACGGCGGCGUCUACCUGACGAGCACGGACGGCCACUUCAACAUCCCCGUGGUCGCCAACACCACCUUUACCAUCAACCGGCCCGGCAGUCCGAUCACGGGCCGCGUCAUCUACCCCCGGCUCAUCAUCCGGCCGACCCUGAACGUUCCCCAUCUCCGCGCCGACGUCAUCGCCCUGACGGACACCGGCCUGCCCACGACGCGGUGGAAGGGCUACGACGUCCUCGGGGCCAUGCCGGGGUCCCCGCUGGCGCUGCUCGCCCGCAACGGCGCCGCUAGCAACUUCGGCGGCCGCCUCGACGACGGCACCGUCCUCCCCGAGGGCACCUACGCGUUCCUGGUCAGCGGCGCUAGGAUAUUCGGCGACGCGUCGAAGGAGGAGGACUGGGACGUCGCCGAGACGUUUCCCUUCGUGCUCAAGUACCAGCCGGAAUAGGUAGCGAGAUAGACAGGAGACAGAUAUUAUUAUGUAGGUGCCUAAUGCAAAAUAAAGAUUCUUCCGCCG